GCAGCACCUGUCGCCUCGCCUCAAGGCAAAAAGCGCACGAGGGACCAGCUUGAGGCCGAGCAUGCGACCCACCAGAACGACAAUGCGACCAACGACGACGCCGACGACACAUCCUCGGACGACGACGAUGACAUUGGACCCGCACUGCCGUCGGCAGCUGCACCAAAGCAUAAGAAGNCGAAACUGCCAUACGAGAAGCUCUACGUCGCCGCCCUACCCGCCUCGCCUCGCUACUCGAAAUCAAUGAUGCACCAAGACCAACUAUGCUUCAACACCUUUACCCCCCACACCGACUUCCUCAUUACCACUUCAAUCGACGGCGCAGUCAAGUUCUGGAAAAAGGUGGCAGACGGUAUCGAGUUCGUCAAGGAGUUCAAGGCACACGAGGGAGAAGUCAAGAGCGUGAGCGUGGGCGCCGAUGGUCGUAGUUUCGCGACGGCAGGUGUCGAUGGCUCUGUCAAGAUCUUCGAUGUCAUCACCUUCGAUCUACUGGCUAUGUUGACCCCCGACAUUGCUCCCAGAUCCGUGUGCUUUGUACAUGGCCGUGGCGCCUCUCUCCCACUCCUGGCUGUGUCUCAUGAAGCGAGUCCGCAGAUCACAAUAUACGACGGCAGAGGCGAAAACACCACACCACUGCACAAGCUGGAGAAGCUUCACAGGGUCUCAGUCUCGCUCAUGUCGUACAACCAUCACUACGACUGCGUUGUAUCUGUCGAUGAAGGCGGCAUGAUCGAGUACUGGAGCCCCACGAGUAACUAUGAGAAGCCUGACAAUGUCUUUUCCAUAAAGAGCUCGACCAACUUGUUCGACUUCAAGAAGGCCAAGUCGGUUCCCUCAUCAAUCACCAUGUCUCCCACCGGCCAGCAGUUCGCGACCAUGUCUUUUCCCGAUCGCAAAGUCCGCAUCUUCGACUUUCCCACUGGCAAACUGUAUAGAACUUAUGAUGAGUCUCUUGCUACCAUCACCGAAAUGCAGCAGGCUGGAACUGCUAUUGAUAAACUGGACGACGUUGAAUUCGGCCGCAGACUAGGUGUCGAGCGGGAAAUUGAGCACCCUGCCGUUCGCGCUCGCAUCAACGUCAUUUUCGACGAAACAGCGAAUUUCAUUCUCUAUGGAUCCAUCCUGGGCACCAAGGUCAUCAACACCUUGACCAACCGUGUUGUCAAGGUUUACGGCAAGGAGGAGCCUUUCAGAGCCCUCAAUCUGGCGCUCUACCAGGGUCAACCCGAGAAGAAGGGUGUCGUUACCGUUCAGAUGGCUGCCAGUGAUAACCCGUUACUUCAACAAGCCGAAGCUCGUGACUCAAUGCUCGUGGCCACAGGAUCAGGAAAAGUGCGCUUCUACAUGUUCACGAACGACACAGAUAUCAACAAAUCCGACCGCGAUAUUCACAACGAAAAGCCGCGCACUAUUGCAACCAAACAACAAGCUGAAGCCGCAAAGGCUCAGACAGGCUCAUCUGCUACUAUCCACACAUCUAUGGGCGACAUUCAGAUACGUCUGUACCCCGAGCACGCCCCAAAGGCCGUGGAGAACUUUACCGUUCACAGCAAGAACGACUACUACAAUGGCAUCAUCUUCCAUCGUAUCAUUCGCAAGUUCAUGAUUCAGACUGGUGAUCCUUUGGGCGAUGGUACUGGAGGUGACAGCAUCUGGGGCACCAACUUCGAAGACGAAUUCACGCCUGCUCUGCGUCAUGAUAAGCCUUACACUGUCAGCAUGGCAAAUGCUGGCAAGAAUACCAAUGCCAGUCAGUUUUUCAUUACCACUGAGAAAACGCCGUGGUUGGACGAUAAGCAUACAAUCUUUGGACGAGUGGUCAGAGGUAUGGAUGUGGUACACAGGAUAGAGAACGCAAAAGUGUGGAAGGAGAAGCCAAUGGAGGACAUCAAGAUUAUCAGCAUCUCGGUGAGC